AGCCAAAGCACCGCACUUCCAGUUGUUCUUGCCGCCAAUGAAUCCGUGAUUCAAGCGGUGCAUGCACAAUUACCGUGGUGGGCCACCAUUAUGGGACUCACCUGCGUGCUUCGUAGCAGCUUGACGCUCCCUAUUGCGGUAUACCAACAAAGAAGCAUAGGCAAGAUGAUCCAGCUGGCACCUAUGAUACAAAGCUGGGGCAGUGCCCUCCGGACCCAAAUCGCAAACGAAUCCAAACAAAAGGGGCGGGGCUAUGCGCGGUACAACCGCGAACUGCAGAAACAGUACCGCAAUAAAGUCGCUGAAAUUUAUGCGCAUUAUGGCUGCCCGCGAUGGAAGCUCCUGUCACUCCCGUACGUUCAAAUCCCUCUCUGGGUUUCCAUGUCGCUCACCCUGCGCCACAUAUCCGGGUAUCCGUUGCCGUGGUAUGGCCAGACCUCGGAGGGUCCUGCUCAGGGAUUGACGGAUGGAGGAUUUGCCUGGGUGACGGAUCUGACAGUGCCUGAUCCCACCAUGACGUUUCCGCUGUUGAUAGGUGCAGGCACCUUGUUGAACAUUGAGGUUAAA